GUUUGGGACACUGGGGGACCUCCAAUCUUCCCUUUGUAGCCCUGUAGCCAUGGGAAAUGCGCUGGGCUGUUGUGUGCCUGCAGCCAUCAAAGAGUAUCAGUUUCCAAGCUUGAAUAUCCGCUUCACGCGAAAGAAGAAGGAGGAGAAGGCCCUCCGCUCCGCUGGCGCAGAGCUGGAUUUGCCCUUCGAGAUCGACUGGAGCACGGCCAAGCGAGAGAACUGGAAGUUCGAAUCGCUGACAGGGCCGGGCCGUUAUUUCUUCAAGUUCCAGCCGGAGAUCGAGCAGAUCUCCGGAUCCAUCGCCGAGGGCGAGGCCAAGCUCAAAUCACAGCCGGAGCUUUACGAGGGGAUGAUGUACCAGACCAACAUGAAGGACUGGCCCAGCGACCAGCAGAACUACAAGCUGGUGAAGCGCACUGGGAGCGGCUACCGCUUCACGCCCGAGCAACCACCCAGCUUCACCUUUCUGGAGGCGAAGUAUCAGGCGCUGGAACAUCACAGCAAGAUCACCUUGGACCCAGAUCAGUACACCGAUGGGAUGACCUUCCGUGGACAGCGCCUGGGAAAGGCCUGCCAUCCAGGUCGUGGCCAAGGGGUGUGCGACGUGCCGCACAUCAAGAUCAUCGGCGAAAUCCAUCCCAACGACAUCAUUCAGGGCAACGUGGGUGACUGCUGGCUGCUGAGCGCCAUCAGUGCCUUGUCGGAGUUCGAGGGUGCCAUUGCCAAGCUCUUUAAGAAGACGCCCAACAUUAAGGCACUGCCGAAGAACCAGCCACAGAAGUACGUGGUGACGCUCUACGACAUGAAAACCUGGGCUCCAGUGGACAUCGAGGUGGACGAGCGACUGUGCAUGAAGCCCGAUGGGAGUGACAUCCUGGGUUGCCAUCCCAGCUAUGAUGGAGAGCUAUGGGCCUGCUACGUCGAGAAAGCCGUGGCGAUCCAUUGUGGUGGUUGGGAUGAGAUCGAUGGUGGUCAAUGCACGCAUGCUUGGCGAUUGCUGACCGGCUGCAAGUAUCAAUACACCUUCCAGCACGACGGGGAAGGCUUUCUGUGUUUGGGGAAGUUCAAUCCAAACAAUGAGGAGUGGGACCCUUUGGAGAACUCCGUGAAGAAGGGCACCCAAGGGCUAUGGCCGAUGGCCUGGCCAGAGGUCGGCGGCGGUGGGGACUUGUCCUACAAGUGCGGGCAGAACGAGAUGUUCGAGCGCAUGUGUGCAUGGGAUGACCAGAACUAUGUCAUGGCCGCCGGAACCAAAGCAGGCUCAGACUCGAACACGACAGAUGGUAUUGUGGAUGGCCACGCCUACACCGUGAUCACUUGCCUGAACGAUGUGGCAGGCACCGAGCACGAUUUGGUGAAAGUGCGAAAUCCCUGGGGCAAAGGUGAGUUCACUUCAGGCCGAUGGUGCGACGAUGGCCCCGGCUGGACGGAAUUCCCCGAGGUCGCGGCGGUGUGCAAGCCCACCAAAGCCAAUGAUGGAGUCUUCUGGUUGAGCAAGGCGGAGUUCUUCAAGUACUUCAAAACCAUCUAUCUUUGUGCUCAAGACAUGAAUGCCUUUAUUCAGUGAGGCGGUGGAACCGCUCUCAUGUCGACGACCAUUCUUGAUGUGCUACGAAGCUGGCACACGUAGUAUCUACGUCGACGCGUAUUUUGCAGUUCAGUGGGUCGCAUCGAGUUCAUGGACGAAAGCCAUGCCAUAUGUAAUGCCAUGUAGGCACGGUUUCAACAUCCUUGGGCCGAAGUGGCACGCGUGGGGACGGGACGACCGUAGCGAUAGACAUUUGAAGGGCAAAGUCCUGAAGCGACACGCCUUUUUUCUGCGUUUGGCUACAGGUAGUGCAUGGCCUGC